UGUGGGCGUGUCCAGGUCCCGGUGGACGGUGCCGUGUCCCGGGGAGUGUCCCUGUCCCUGUCCCGGUCCCGGUGCCGCGUCCCGUUCCCGAGGCGUGUCCCGUUCACGGGGUGUGUCCCAUCCCCGAGGCGUGUCCCGGUGCCGUGGGCGGGCCGCGCCGAGGCCGCCAUGGCGCUGAGCGGGGCCCUGGCGCUCCGUGUCGCCUACGCGUCCUUCGGCGCCCUGAGCGGCCUCUCGGCCUUCUGCGCCUGGAGCGUCGUUCCCGCGCUGCGCCAGCCCGGCACGGCUGCGGCCGGCGGGCUCUCGGGUGUGCUGGCGCUCUGGGCCCUAAUCACGCAUGUGAUGUACCUGCAGGAUUACUGGAGGACCUGGUUAAAAGGGCUGAGGUUCUUCCUCUCCGUCGGGAUCCUCUUCUCUGCCCUCUCCGGGCUGGGCUUCUGCGCCUUCCUGGCCCUGGCCAUCACCCAGCACCAGUCCCUGACUGACCCCAAGAGCUAUUACCUGUCCUGCGUGUGGAGCUUCAUGGCGCUGAAGUGGGCGCUGCUGCUGAGCCUCUACUCGCACCGCUACCGCGCCGAGUUCGCCGACAUCAGCAUCCUCAGCGACUUCUGAGCCUCCCAGAAAGGUCUCCGCCUCGAUGGAAGCAGCUCCAGCACCCAAAACCCCACAGGAGCCUCCCUGGAGAGAGGAGGGAAUGACCCCCAAACCCCGACAGCCCCGGGGACCCCAAAAACUUUAGGGAUGAGCCCGAGGGAGCCGCAGCAGGAGCUGCCUGGGGCUGCUUCAGGAACUCGGGGCCGUGAUUCAUUCGGGAAAGGAUUGAUCCCAAUUCCUCCUCCGGGACUGCCGGGAAGCCGAGCCCCUCGAGCAGGAAAAUCCCUCUGGGAUGAGGGGAAGGGGAAGGGCUGGAGCCCCCCAAGGAGCCCUCCCAGGACCUCGGGGGUCCCCCCGCUUUCAUCCCGCUCCGUGGGAUGUUCCAUGGAUUGUGUUCCCAUGGAUGAGGAUCCGGGGGGAUUUGGGGGCUGCUGACCCCCCCAGGGACCCCCGGCCACUCCUGCCCCGCAGAUGGAGCCUCAAGAACUCCCGGGUGGAACCCCAAAAUCCCUUGGGAUUUACUGGAAUCCAGGCUGGAGACGGAGCCAACGGGAAUUUGGGGAUUUUGGGAACUCUGAGGGGGUUUGGGCUCUUUUGGGGGCGGGGAAAGGACGAUGGAGGUGUUGGGGUGACAGAACAACCCCAAUAAAGCCCAGGGGGAAUUUCCCAAGGUUCAAUCCUUGUUUUUCCUAAGGAAAUGGUGCUGCCGGGUCCCCCCUGCACCUCCCUGGGCUGGGUAAUUUUAUGAAUCAGGCAAAAAAAAAAAAAUCAGGGUUUUUUGCUUGUUCUGGCAGAAAAAAGAGGGGGAAAAUCCCUUCCAGGGAGGCUGCAACAGGCCUGAGCUCCCAAAUAUUCCAUGGAGAGGAAUUCCUGUUGGGAUCAGAUUUGGGGCGCACCAGAGAAUCCACAGGAAGGCCCAGAGUGACUUUUUCUGCCCAAUUCCCAAUUUUUAUGUGCAGUGGGAGUGGAUUCUCUGCUCCGGGGAGUCGACUGCAGCCUUAAAAAAACUCUGGAGGUGCUUAAAAAAGUGAAAAUUCCAUAAAAACAGGGCUGUGGUGGCUUCGUUCGGCGCCUCACGGGAAGGAUUUUACAGCUGAGAAACAAAAUCGGCUUCAGAAGUCAAAACCUUCUUUCAACAAAUAAUUGUGCUUGAAAAAUAAAGGGCAAAAACUUAUCUGUGGGAGUGAGACUCCAGUUUCUAAUCAAAUUUUUUUUAAAGGUGAAAUAUAUUUUUAAAAAAUAUUUUCAAGUAUUUUGCUGCGUCUUGAUUGUUUAAAAAAUAAACCCCUGCAUUGUAAAUGAGAAAAAAAAACCACUUUAACAUGAGCCAAAACCCCUUAAAAUGAGGAAAACAUCAUCCUAGUGAGCCUUCUGACCCAUUUUGGGGGGAAAGGCCCCCAAAAAAAUCCGUGCAUGGUAAAUUCCAGCAGGAUGCAGCUUGGGAGGUCCCUCCAUCCCCCCUGGGACCCCCACCCAGGGACCCCCACCCUGAACCACACCAAGGGUUUCCAUUCCUUUUUUUCUUUUAAAAUUUCAUUGGUUUUGUUUUUUGUUUUGUUUUGUUUUUAUACAAAAUCUGCUCCCGGAGCCGUCCCCACCCCCAGCUCGGGGCUGCGUCCCCGCUGUCCCCAGAGGCAGGACAGGGCCUGGCCCUGCUGGGAGCCCCUCGGGCUGCAGGGAAGGCUUUGGGGAAAUGGGAAAAGGGAAAUCGGGGUGGAACGCUCGCGUUGGAGGCUCUGGAUCCUCCCGUCACCCCUGGGUGGGGACAGGGACGGGGACAGGGGGGUCGGGGCAUCCCCGGGGGUCCCCAGUGGGAUCUGGGGAGGGGCUCAGGGGCUGGACCCACACCCAGCCAGGGCCCUGGGGGGCUGGAAGGGCUCGAGGCACCUCGGCAGGAGGGGAAGGUUCCCGAAAUUCCCCCGGGAAGAGGAGUCGGGGUCACACCAGGGUCCAUAGUGCAAAGGGGGCAGCGAGGGCAGAGGGACCCCCGGGCACGGCCACGCUCCAGCCUCGCUCUGCCCUCGCUGGGAGAGCCCCAAAGCUUCCUUGGGGGGCUCAAAACUUUCCUUGGAGAGCUCAAAACCUUCCUGGGGGGCACCAAAUCUUCCUACGGGGGCCUCCAAACCUUCAUUGGGGGGCACCAAAUCUUCCUUGGGGGGCUCAAAACUUUCUUUGGAGAGCUCAAAACCUUCCUGGGGGGCACCAAAUCUUCCUUGGGAUGCUCAAAACUUUCCUUGGGGGCUCCAAAUCUUCCUUGGGAUGCUCAAAACUUUCCUUGGAGAGCUCAAAACCUUCCUUGGGGGGCACCAAAUCUUCCUUGUGAUGCUCAAAACCUUCCUUGGGGGGCACCAAAUCUUCCUUGGGGGGCU